AUGGAAGGUGGCGGUGGCGGCGGCGGUGGUGGUGGUGGGAAUUCACGGUGGAACCCGACGAAGGAACAAAUAAGCAUGCUUGAAAGCUUGUACAAGCAAGGGAUAAGAACCCCAAGUGCUGACCAGAUACAGCAAAUAACCAGUAGGCUCAAAGCUUAUGGCACCAUUGAAGGCAAAAACGUGUUCUAUUGGUUCCAAAAUCAUAAAGCUCGUCAAAGGCAGAAACAAAAGCAAGAGAAUUUGGCUUAUAUCAACCGUUACAUUCAUCAUCAUCAUCGAGCUCGACCUGUUUUUCAUCCUCCUCCUUGCACCAAUGUUGUUUGUGCUGGUCCAUAUUUCGUACCACAAGCUGAUCAUCAUCAUCAUCUAGGCUUUUACCCUCAGUGUCCCAAGGUUCUUCUCCCUAGUGGAUCAAUUAAAAGAAAAGGCAGGCCUAUUGGUAAAACUGGAAAGGCUCUAUUUUACAACGGAAAUGCUUAUGAUCAUACCAUGGUUCCAUCACCUGAUACUGAAAACUUAAACAAUGGAGCAUUCAACAAUGGCGGCGGCGCCACUAAUCAUCACGAGACAUUGCCAUUGUUUCCAUUGCACCCGACUGGUGUUUCCGAAGAGACGUUAAUGGCUUCAUCAUCACCAACUGGUUCAACUUCAUGUGAGACGACGAUAUCUGCUGGUGGUGUUGAUAACCAUGAAAGUAGUAAUGAAGGUUCUGGGGAACAUCGUUUCAUUGAUUUCUUCUGA